CAGAGCGGAGAUUAUUUGCAAAGCCACAGCAGACCCUCUUAAACAGCCAGUGCCAUGAGUCUUAACCUAGAAACCCAGAGGGUGUCGUCCUACAGGAGGAUGUUUCCGGGCCGGGGCUUGAAGAAGCAGUCCAGCGGACGGUACUCCCUGGGCAGCUCCCCUCGCUAUGGCUCCAUCAUGUUCUCCAGCAGCCCGCGGGUCUCUAUGGGGCGGGUGAAGAGCUCUGCGCUGGGGCUGAGCCAGGACCGGGUGGACUUCUCCCUGGCCGACGCCCUCAAUGCUGAAUACAAGGAGACCCGCACCAACGAGAAGGUGGAGAUGAUGGACCUGAACGACCGAUUUGCCAGCUACAUCGAGAAGGUGCGCUUCCUGGAGCAGCAGAACAAGGUGCUGGCAGCGGAGCUGAACCAGAUCAGGGGCAAGGAGCCUACCAGGCUGGGAGACAUCUACCAGCAGGAGCUGCGGGAGCUGAGGAAGCAGGUGGACCAGCUCAGCACUGCCAAGGCCAGGACUGACAUCGAGAGGGACAACCUGGCUCAGGACCUGGGCAACCUGCGGCAGAAGUUAGAGGAUGAGAUCAAUCUGCGUCUGGAGGCUGAGAAUAACCUGCACUCCUACAGACAGGAUGUUGAUGAGGCUGCGCUGAACCGUGUCGAGCUGGAGAGGAAGAUUGAAGCCCUGCAAGAGGAGAUCAACUUCCUCAAGAAAAUCCACGAUGAGGAGCUGCGAGAGAUCCUGGAGCAGGUGUCCAGCCAGCAGGUCCAUGUGGACAUGGACAUGUCCAAACCAGACCUGACCACAGCACUGAGGGACAUCCGCACCCAGUACGAAGCCAUGGCCAGCUCCAACAUGCAGGAGACUGAGGAGUGGUACCGGUCCAAGUUUUCAGACAUGACAGACGCAGCCAAUAGGAACGGAGAGGCGCUGCGGCAGGUGAAGCAGGAAGCCAAUGAGUACCGGCGCCAGAUCCAGGUCAUGACCUGCGACCUGGAAGCACUUAGAGGAAGCAACGAGUCUCUGGAAAGGCAGAUGCGUGAGAUGGAGGACCAGUUUGCUAUCGAGUCUGCGAAUUCCCAGGAGUCCGUGGCGCGGCUGGAGGAUGACAUCAACAGCCUGAAGGAGGAGAUGGCGAGGCACCUGCAGGAAUACCAGGACCUGCUGAAUGUCAAGCUGGCCCUCGAUAUCGAGAUCGCCACCUACAGGAAGUUACUGGAGGGAGAGGAGAGCCGAAUCACUGUUCCUGUCCAAAGCUUCUCAAACCUUCAGCUCCGAGAGACCAACCUGGACACCAAACUGUCUCCCGAAUCUCAAGUAAAGAGGACCGUUCUGGUUAAAACCGUGGAGAUGAGAAAUGGGGAGAUAAUCAAGGAGUCGACGGCGGAGCGUAAGGACCUGGCCUGAGGGUCUCCCCUGAGCCUGAAGAGAGCGAGGCUCUAUAGCAAGCUUAGCUUCCCCCCCCACUGUAGACUAGACUGCCGUGACCAGCACUGACCUCAGUGUGCCUCUGUGUGUGUGUCUGUCUGUCUGUCUGUCUGUCUGCGAGUGUGUGCCUGUGUCUCAUGGCGUCCGUCUGUCUGUCUGUCUGUCUUGCGAGUGUGUGCCUGUGUCUCAUAGUGUCUGUCUGUCUGUCUGUCUGCGACUGUGUGUCAGUGUCUCAUAGUGUCUGUGUGUCUGUCUGUGAAUGUGUGCCAGUGUCUCACAGUGCCUGUCUGUCUGUCUCUGAGUGUGUGUCUGUGUCUCAAAGUCCAAUUCCAGUUCAAAUGAGCUGUGGGUUUGUUAUGGUAUUCCCCAGCCCCGCUGUCCCCAGCCCCACUGUCCCCUGCCCCUCUGAUUCCAGAUCCUCUGUCCCCGGCCCCGCUGUCCCCGGCCCCGCUGUCCCCGGCCCCGCUGUCCCCGGUCCCGCUGCCCCCGGUCCCGCUGCCCCCGGUCCCGCUGCCCCCAGCCCCGCUGUCCCCAGCCCCGCUGUCCCCAGCCCGCUCUUCCUGGAAACUCUUGCUACUCAUGUUAUGCAAUUUGUUUGUUUUGUGGAUAUGGUGACAGAAAGCAAUUGGAUAUGUUUUAUGGUCUUGGUGUAUGUUAAACUAAGGGAGAGAGAGAGAGAGAGAGAGAGAGAGAGAGAGAGAGAGAGAGAGAGAGAGAGAGAGAGAGAGAGAGAGAGAGAGAGAGAGAGCAGUAUUCCAGGGUGAAUUAGAAAAGGAGAUUUUAUAUUUCCUAACGGUUCUGGGUGCAGCCCAUAUGGGCACCUUUUGACAGAGACUCACUCCACUUUAGGGACAGAGAAAUCUAGGGCAGUGUUUGAUAAACACUUUGAUACUCACCCUUACUGUCUAUAUUGUAGCCCCAGAAACAACCAAGGAUAGAAAACAAAGCUAAUCUGAAGAGAAGAGGCUUCUUUGUAAAACCCCACCUCUUACACAACCCCUCUACCUCGCCACCCCCACAGUGAACCAACCCCUAAUCGAGAGCUCAGUGCAUCUCACCCCUCACUCCACCUGCUCAACCUGCAGCAACGCCCCCUUAUCACCCCCUGCUGGGGCAAAUAAAACUUACAGAGCACUUAUAGAAACCCCAGCAUGGGGGCAGUCCCCUGGGAGUCCUCCCUCCUCUGUGCUGCUCACAGUCUCCUCUCCCAGGUCACACACUGUAGCAUGCAGCUUCCAGCCCUGGUCACAGCAGUCUGGAGCAAUGGGCUCCCAGCACUGAGCAGAUAGAUAGCAGAGCACAAGCAGCCCAGCACAACGUUACUGACCAAACUUCGCUCUCGUUUUAAUGAGGAACGGUAAAGUUCUGUAUCUUUAGGAGUGGCAGCCUGUAACCCUUUAACACUAAUAAAAAGAAACUGUAGAUGAA